AUGCAUCGUGAACUCACACUUCAAUUAGGACGCAAGAGAGCACGGAUACGUCUCGAAGCUGAAUUAAACAGUAGCGCGCCGUUUCUUGUCCCGUUCUCGCAAAACGAUAACUUUGUUGGUCGGGAGUCACAGCUGGCUGAACUGGAGGCAAGGCUCUUUAAGGGCAACCAAACUGCAAUCGUGGUGAUAGCAGGCCCUGGAGGGACUGGCAAGUCACAGCUGGCACUCGAGCUUGCCUACAGAACUAGGCAACAGAACAAAGACCGUGCUGUAUUUUGGAUUGAUGCGAGCAACGUAGACGGAGCACAUCGUUCAUUCAUGGAUAUUGCACGGAAGCUCGAGAUUCCUGGCUGGGACGAUGAGAAGGCAGACGUUAGACAGAUUGUGAAGCUGCAUUUGAGUAGGAGGGACGCAGGGCAGUCGUUGCUCAUUUUUGACAACGCGGAUAGCGUCAACCUAAGUUCGAAUGGGACUUCUGUGGGGUGCGAUGCCAGUAUAGUAGAUUGUCUACCACAAUCUGAACACUGCUCUAUACUCCUUACCACUACCAGUGGUGACGCUGCUGGAACCCUAGCAUCUCAUGAGAUUAUAGAGCUACAGGAAAUGGAACAGGACACGGCUCAAAGCAUGUUGGAGCAAUACUUAGACACUCCGGUAUUAAAGAGCGAACAACAGCACGCUGAACUUCUGCUGCAAGAGCUGUCGCAUCUCCCGCUAGCAAUUGUGCAGGCAGCGGCCUACAUUAAUAUUCGAAACAUUACGCUUCAGGACUACCGCAUGCAGCUAUCUAAGCAACAUCAGACGGACCUUGAUAGCAUCAGCAAUGCACUAGACAGUAAGCUACAGGAAUACAACAGGGACAGUUCUGUAGCUACGACGCUUCAUCUCUCGAUCGAGCAGAUCCGCCAUGAUAGUCUGCUGGCAGCCGAGUACCUUUUUCUUGCGGCGUGCGUUGACCGAAAAGACAUCCUACUCGAGUUCCUAGAAGCACCCUCGUCUCGCGAAAGGGAGGAUGCUAUACGGAUUAUUAACAAUUACAAACUGAUUACGAGGCGGCCUGCCGAGUCUGCACUCGAUCUACACCGGCUAGUACAAGGCGCUCUACGUCAGUGGAUGUGGAAGCGAGGGAUACUAGGCGAAUGGACCCAGAUAACUAUUACCCGACUAUGUAGGGUGUUCCCCAACGAUAGUUACGGUAAUAGAAGUAAGUGGAGACGGAUGCUGCCUCAUGCGAAGUACGCUUUGUCGCAUACUUGCUGCAACCAAGAAGGCACAGAAAAGUUUGAGCUGGACUGGAAAUGUGCUAAGGCGCUACUGAGCGACGGAAAAUACAAUGAGGCCGAAGAGCUGUUUGUGCAAGUGAUUGAGACGAGCUCGAGGGUGCUUGGGGAUGAGCAUCCCGACACACUGCUUAGCAUAGCCAACCUGGCAUCAACGUACUGUAAUCAGGGCCGAUGGAAGGAGGCCGAAGAGCUGGAGGUGCAAGUGAUGGAGAUGCGAAAGAGGGUGCUUGGGGACGAGCAUCCCGACACGCUGACUAGCAUGAUUAACCUCGCAUUCACGUUAAAAUCCCGGGGUUCCAUAAGUAAAGCAGUGUUGUUACUUGAGAACUGCUGCAGGCUGCAGGGAAGAGUCCUAGGUAUUGAACACUCCGAUACUGUAUUCUCUUGCGAAACGCUGACGUCAUGGCGACUUGACACUUUACAACUUAAGGAUGAAAGUAACAGCAAGGAAGAAAGCAACAUACUUAGUAAAUAGCUUACGUCUAAAGCGGCAGGCUAAAAGUAGUACAAAAACAGUAUAGACUAAAUGCAGCAACUCGCUUACAAGCCGUCCUAAAUCGUGGCCUGGGUGAAAUGUACUUUAAACCUCUACCGCUAGUGGCGAAGGUGGCCGACCCGUUCUUGCCAUAACCCAAGGUCAGGGCCGGUGCGGGCCGGCCAUCUUC